CGCUUGCUUGCGCUGCUGGCAGCUGCGGUUGAACAGCGUUUCAAAAGCUCGCAGCGGCUCGGCGCCAGUCCGUUUGAAUUCUCCCUUGCGUCGGUAAACGCGGCAGUCUGCGAGGCACGAUGCCAUCAACAUUUCCAAACCUUCUCUCGCUCCUUGGCGCGAUUGCGAGCUCACAUGCGCACAUACAUGGCCGAUCACUACUAUUGCCCGUGGCAGCAGGCCCAAGAGCAGAGUUAAGACAGCGAGGACUCAGCACAAUGACCUACGAGGGAUGCUUCUCGUCGUCAAGCGGCUUUACCAACCAAGGGGAUUAUAUGUACCAAACCUCUGGCUACUGUCAACCUUUAUGCGUCAACCAGAAUGAUGCGGUGCUCGCCACCAACAAUGGCAGCUCAUGCUGGUGUGGCAAUACGCUGCCACCAGCCAACAGCAAGGUUGAUGACUCACAAUGCAAUGUACCCUGCAAUGGCUUCGACAAGGAGAAUUGUGGAGGAGCCAACUUCUGGUCAGUGUAUCUUUCGGGCAUAUCAUCGAGCGUCCCGAACAUUGGCGGCAGCUCAAGCUCAACCUCGAGCACCAGCUCGUCCUUGUCGUCAUCAUCCACAUCGACAAGCACGUCAACAUCAGCUCCGACAACCACUUCGACAUCAGCCUCCGCGACUACGACCUCGUCUAUAAGCGCGUCAAUAUCGGUUGUCACAAGCGAGGGACCAGGCCACACCGUCAUGAUCACGGUACCCGCAGCACAAGCAACCUACCCCUCAAGCACUCCUACCGCAGACUCUAAACCCGGCACCAGCGUCGCCGGUAUCGCAGCAGGUGUGGUAGUGGGCGUAGUGAUCAUCGCUGCACUGAUAGGUGGCCUGGUGUUCUGGCUCAGACGCAGAAAGCAGCAAGCGGCGGAGCAUGAAUUCAAGCGUUCUACUGGCACGGUGGACUUUCUACGCGGCGGAAGGGAGCCGAAGCUGCCGCAAACGGCGCACAGCCAAACAUCCGACGCGCGGCUGGAUCCGACGGCGGGCAAGAGAAAUAGUCAGGGCAGCAUUGCGGAUGAGGGUGACUACUCACGGAGAGUGCUGAGGGUGGCAAACCCGGACAAUAGUGACCGGCUUUCCGUCGCUGCACGACUUUAAACAGAUGACGAGGGAUGAUGUGGACUGGGGCGCGCCUCGGGUCUGCGAGUACGGCGAAGGUCUUGGGGGAAGACCUACGGUUCACAUAUACGGAGCGUUGCUUUGCGAGCUCCCAGUCUUAGCCCAAUUGCUGAUUGCGGACGAUCUUCUGUUGAUACCCGAAUGCCACAUAUAGCGAGCGAAGCGAGUACGGCGUCGCAUAUCCUUUGGCCAUGCCCAACGUCUACAAUGAUUCUUGCAUUGUGUUUGGUGUGCUGCGGCUGGCAGGCUAUGCUCACCGUAAGCACAACAUCCGUACCUGUAUAACCUUACCCCAUCG